AUGAAUGACCUGUCUCUGCGUACAAGGGGUUACUUCAAGUACUUAACAAACUGUUCGGCAAACAAGAAAGAAUGGACCCGAGCAGUUCUUGUUUUACAUAGAGACCCGAAAAAUACUGUCAUCAUGGCUGAUUUACAGGAUACGGAAUAUGAAACGCUAGAUCUACCUGAUACAAAAAUAAUCAUUCCACUAAAUUCUUUCAGAGUUUGUCGAAAACAUAUUCUUUCUGGUCAUACAUCACAAUCUCAUGAAAAUAGUUAUCCUAGUCAGAAGCAUUCUUCGAACAAUGUUAAAAGUGCCAUUCCAUGUAACCAAAUUCACUUAAGUUCACGGUUUAUAUUUGGUAAAAAGCAGCUAUGGCUGGGCUUUACCUCUCUUUUUGAUCAAGAUAUAUGGUAUUCAGCUUUGAAAACUUUGAUUACAAAGCAUAGAAUUAAGAAAAAUUCAUUAAAUACUCCUGAUAUACUACGAGCAUCUUCAUUAAGUUUGUCCCAAACAUCAGAGUUGGAUUUACUUGCCUCAGCUCUGCCGAAUAUUUUAGACAACGAAAUAUACGAAAGUACUUCUACUCAAGAUACAUUCUCCGUCUACGUAAUUCAUACAGAAAAAUCCAAAGAUUUAGGGUUGUCUGGUCGUUACUUGCUACGUAUAAAAGAAAAUGCAUUCGAGCUGCUUGAUCCAGAUACACAUUCAAUUGUAAAAGUAUGGCCGAUCAAAUUUGCGCGCAAGUUCGGUGUAUAUACCAAACGAUUUUAUUUAAUAACUGGAAGUGGAUGUGAAGAUGGUCGUGGAUUGUUCAUCUUUCUAAUUGAGAAUGCUGAUAAAUUUCAAUCAAGACUAUUUCGUCAAAUAAAACAAUUAACUAUCCAAUCGCAGUUAUCUAGACGUGUUACCGAUUCUAGUAAGUGGAUUAUAGAACAAGAAAUAAAAAAGCAAUCUAAUGAGUUCUAUUUAAAUGAAACAAAUAAUUGUUGGUUUUCUUCAGAACCGAGAAAAAAGAAAAAUAUUCUCACAUCUCUUAACUCCAUUGAUCCAUUGUUGACAACUAAACCCCGUUCCAGUUCUGUUAAUGAAUUCUUAUUGCAAAAAACAGAAUCAAAUAAUUUUCGUCAGAAGCAAAAUUCUUCAAAUAUGUUACCGAAAGAAAUCUCUGUUUCAUUAGCUUAUGAUAGUGAUGCAAAAUCUUCGUCAUCAUCAUGGAUAUUUCCAGAUGAAAAUUAUAAAAUAAUUUCUGGCCGAUGUUUCACUGAACGUUCAUGUCAAACUGUAUCUGAAGCCAAUCUACCAGAGCAUCUAAAACACUCUAGCAAUAAAAAUUCACCACAUAUAAUUGUAGCAAGACAAAAAAUGCAAGAAAAAAAUACAAUUCAUAAUAGUUACGGUUCUCAAGAAACAUUUAUUUCAGAUACACUAUGUGAACAUGAAGACAAUAAUGUGUGUAUAGAUAAACAAGAGGAAGAAGAAGAUAACAUAAGUGAAACUUCACAACCGGUUUAUGCUAAUGCUGAACAAAUCACAAACACAAUGUUGAACACAAAAUUCCUGACAAAGAAUGGAUUCAAUAAGGAUGAAACAGACGUAACAUCUUGCUCAUUAAAUGUGAAAUCUUCAGCGACAACACUAAGUGAUGCAUCAACUCUGUCAACAUCAUCAUCAUCUCUUUUAGUUAAUAAACCAGUUAAUACCUCAUGUUCAUAUACGAAAAAUUGGAAACUUGGUUAUUUAAUUGAACCAAUAAUAGAGAAAGAAGAACAAAAUUCGCACAACUCAUCAAUAUCCAUUGGUAAUGAAGAAUGUAAUACAGCUUAUAAAGAAGAAUGUGAUGGUUUGGUCACUUCAUCAACGCCAGAUAAUGAUAUAGACAUAAAGGAAAUGAGUAAUACUUGCUAUAGUAAAUCACCAAAUGAUGAAUCAGGAAAUACAGAUGAUGAAAAUGAAUCAGUUGGUGAAAAAACUCAAUUAACCAAAGAAUUUCAAAAUAUUUUAGAAGACGUAAAAUUUUAUCGAUUAGUUUCAAGAUCAGCUACUUGGGACGGAUGGAUGAAAUUGAAGUCAACCACAAAACAAGAAACUACAUCACAGAAAGUUACUCUAAAAACAAAUACUAACACUGAAAUAGAUAGUAAUGAUCAAAAUGAUAGUCCUGAACUUAAAGAUAAUUCACAUGUUGUUGUGAUGACAGCAUUUUGA